UCGCAUCCUUGGAGUUAUAGAGAAAGUGCAAAAAACACGGAGAAAUGAGCAAUCUUGUAAAACUUCACCUGAUUUGCCUCAUUGCUUUGGUCUGCAUCACCUUAGCAACGGCUCAAUCGACCACAACAACACCAAGAAAUAGCCCACAGCUUUUGGAUGCGCGCGGUCGUUACAAUCCUUACUACAAUGAUCCUUAUUACCAGAACCGAUUUUUUAGAAAUCGCGACUAUUACAAUCGCGAAUAUUAUGAUAAUUUGUUUAAAAAAUAUAAUCCAGACAUAGCCGCUCCUCAGGCGCGAAUUAUCGCACAAAAUGCUGAAUUGCAACAUGGCGGCACCUAUACAUACUCAUAUGAAACUGAAAAUGGCAUACAAGCUGAAGAGCGUGGCGUACCUGUGAAGGUGGGCACUGAAGAGCAAAAGGAAGUGGUAGAAGGUUCUUACUCCUACGUCUCGCCCGAUGGCAUGCGUGUGAUUGUCAAGUACACAGCCGAUGAGAAUGGUUAUCAUCCAACAAUUACUUAUGAUGGCCUUAAUGCAGAACGUUUUGCACGCCUCCAACAGCCUGCUGAUAUUGUCAUUACUCGCCAGAAUUGAGAGGUAAAUCAAGAUCGCAGCGGAUUCACGAAGACCUAAAAAAAAAUA